UUGUUGCGCGCGGGGUGAAAGGUCAGGCUCGAGACUGUGGCUCCGCGCCUUCGACCCCGAGUCGAUUUGCGGCCCUGUCGCUCGCCCCUGGCCAUCGAUCAACUAGAACACAACAACAACAACACAACAACAACAACACAACAACUGCGGAACAACAACAAGGGGGUUGCUUGCUGGUGUUCGCCCAGCAGCAGCAGCAGCGGCGGCUUAAUCGGCGCGUGCGGCGGUGAAGGAGACUGCGAGCGAGGAGCCCAGCGUGUGGCGAUGGCGUGCGCGGCGGUGCUGGCCGCGGAUCCGGACCCGCGCGGGGACUUCCCGGCGUGGCUGGCGACGCGCGGCAUGAAGCCCACGUUCGCCGACGCCAUGGAGCGCGAGCUGGGCAUCAGCGACUACGAGGAGCUGCUGGCGUGCGCCGAGGACGCGCAGGUGACGGCCGAGCUGCUGGGCGCCGCCCGCGACCGCCUGCCCUUCGCCUUCUACGCCGUGCUGCGCCGCCUCGUGCGCGCGCUGACGCCGCGGCAGCGACAGCGGUGGUGGUGGCGCCAGCGGCGAAGAAGCCGCAGCCGGGAGCCGCUCUCCGGCAACGGGAAGGAGGAGGAGCGAGCGAGGGACGAUGACGGCGGCGGCGAUGAGGAGGAGGAGGAUGAUGAGGAGCCGGGAGGGUGCGCCUCCGGCUGCGAGGGAGUCUUGGCGAGUCGCGCCGUCCUCGACGCCAUCGUGGCCACGCUGAGCUCCCUCAGCCGCGAGUUGCUGCGGUCGGCGCAGAGAUUCCGCUGCCUGGAGCCGGCGCCGGCAUCGCCGUGUGGCGGCAGGAGGAGCCCACGCAGCCCGGGUUCCCCGGACGGGCCCUCGGGUGCACUGGGCUCCUACGAGGCCGACGUGCGGAACUUGGAGGAGGCUUUCCCGAUAUCCGACUCCAUUACGACCAUGAUGAACGGCGCUCAUGAUCAGUGCUCGCAGCGGAUAGAGCUUGACGAAUCUCUGACAGCGCCGGAGCUGUCCCCACCACCACCACCUCCUCCUCGCACCUCGUCUCGUACGGCGGGUGUCGAGUACAAGGGGCGGCAGUUCGACUCCCACAACUGCUUCGGGCAGGCGGAACCAUGCGUCGCGUGGCGCGAGAUCAAGCUGGAACGGGACGACGAUGGCCGCGGCGGUGGUGAUGGCGGUGAUGGGUUCUCUCCUCGCUGCGACGGCGAGGCCGAGGUGGCGAUGGUGGCGGAGCGCGCGGCGAGCGGGGCCUGGCUCGGCAAGACCGAGCACGAGGAGGACGUGAUGGCGCACUGGCAGGCGGCAAUUCACUCGCACGGCACCAGCUACGAAGAACCGGCCGACGUCGUCCCGCAACACGCCCCGCAAGGCGACCAGAGCAUCCCGAGUGGCAUCCCCGACGACGAGCUCACCGGCAACUGGACGGGCCCCGACACGGCUUCGCUCGAUGCGCCGGCGGCCGCUUCGGGCGACAAUUCCGACAUUGCCGGCAUCCGGCGCGGCGCGGCUCCCUGCUCUUUCCAGUGCCGCGACUGCGGGGCGACGUUCGCCCAGCGGCAGCAGCUGCGCGCGCACCGCAUCACGCACACCACGAGCCGGCCCUACUGCUGCCGGCUGUGCGGCAAGGGCUUCACGAAGGCAUACAACCUGACGGUGCACAUGCGCACGCACACGGGCGAGAAGCCCUUCCUGUGCAGCCAAUGCAACGCCACCUUCCGUCUCAAGCAUCACCUGCAGGCGCACCAGAAGACGCACGCGUCCGAGGGGGCCGCUCACCACGCCCAGCAGGCGGGGUUCCACCACCACCGUCCGCAGGGGCAUUUGAAGACGCACCCGUCCGUGGGUCAGCGAACUCAAGUUGUGGCACAGUACCACGUUCAGGGACAUUUGAAAACGCAAGCUUCUGCGAAUCAGCAGCCUCGAGCUGUGUUACGCCAACACCCACAUCCGCAGGGGUAUUUAAAGACUCAAGCUUCUGCAGGUCAACGAGCUCAGGCUGUGGCCCAGCACCACCUCGUUCAGGUGCAACUGAAAACACAAGCUUCCGCGGCCGCUCUUUCAGGCGGUGGCGGGCCAGCAUCGUGCUCUGCAGGGGCAUUUGAAAACACAGCCUUUUGAAGCGCACACUCGUGUUUUGGUCCACCACCAACACCCGCAGGGGCACCUGGCAACACAGGCCUCUUGGAGGUCAGCCAACGCAUGCCGUGAGCGGGCAGCACCACCACCUGCAGCGGCAUCUGAACACGGACUUCUGAAGAUGCACACACUCGGUGCAGCGGUGAGCCGCUCCCAUUGCUUGACCUGGCUCAGUGUGAGACACGGUUUUUCAAAUUGAGAUUUUUUAAAAUAUAUAUCUGGCAAGCCUCAAUAAAUUGUGUGCUUGGUGAACUACGCGAUGUCAUGCAUCGCAUGUACAGUUGUCUGGCAUCAUGUGGUGUCCUGACAUCGUACAUGUGACUACUGAUCUAUAUAUCUUGUGUUCAUCUCUAUCUCUUGUACAUGUCUCUGGCAUCUUACUGUCAUCUUUAUUUCUCUACAGCUCCCCUCAUCUGUAUCUCGUUUAUCUAUUUGAUCUAAUCUUCACCUGUCACUUCUUCAUGUCUCGGCUUGCCCAACCUCCAUUGAUUAAAGAGCCCUGGUUUCACUGGUGAUAAACCAGGUUGUGAAGGCCACAGAAAUACAAAUGCUGAACGAUGCGCUUAAAAUGUUUUUAUUAAUCCUUCAAAAGCGGUUUUCUCUACAACCAUUGUGAACUUUGGCAGUCGGAACAAGUGUUUUUUGACGCAGUGAGUGGCUCGGCGUGGAAACAGAUGACAUCCAGAGGCUGUGUUUAGUGUUAUAUGCACAAGACGGUUUUAUGGAAUAGCGCGUGAUGGAAUGCACUGUUAGUGGUGUACAAGGUAAAGCUGAAAACAUCUCCCCACCUUUGCCAUUCUAACUCUGCCUAAUAAUAAAACAUCUUGUUGGCUGUCGCCUCGGAUUGGCGAUGACUGCCCCAGAGGUUAGUUCUCACCUCUGUGCGUCUUCAUAUGGCUCGCUAGACUGAUGGGAGCAGUGACCUCUGAGCUCCCGCAUGAACACUUGAAGAAGCUAACCCCGAUUGCCGCUUGAAGGACGCCUUCCAUGGCGCUAUGUACUUCCCAGCAGCUUUCAAAUAGUUCCAAUGCCACCAUGAAUAUAAUAGGUUUUACCCUGUCUGGCAAUAAAAGCGUUUGUGUUAAGAUGUUAAAACACCAAACUGAAACCUUUAGCAAGGAAUCAUGUCUGUAUUAACCACACGUACAUGUGGUGAACAUGCAAACAAAAAAAAUGCAUUUGUGUUAAGAUGUUAAAACACCAAACUGAAACCUUUGGCUAGGAAUCCUGUCCGUAUUAACCACACGUACAUGUGGUGAACAUGCAAACAAAAAACAUGCUCUGGUAGUAUAUGCAUUGUCUUUGAAACUGAUUGGUCCACACCAGAGACAGCUUUCUUUAGAGCCAAGUAUCAAACAGUGUUAGACCAGAGGACGCCAAAAUGCGAACCGCACAAAGACAAUGCACUAUCAUGAAGCACGGAGGAACGCCACGGGGACCUGUCUUGCGCUGUCUUUCCCCAGUUUCCGCGCUGUCGAUAUGUUGCACGCGGCCAGCUGCUGCUCUUGACGCGGCAUCUCGCGACAUCUCCGUUGUCCCCCAGCGGAGUGCUCGCCACUUUCAGAAGUGGUGUUGCAGUGGAUUGGUGCAAGAACCCGGUGAAUGGAGUUUUGAUUCUCGGCCACAGAUAACAUCGGUGACGACUUGUAUAUGACCGGCCUAGACCCCUUGUUCUUUGCUGACUGAUCCAAUGUGAACUAUGGUCAACCCCACAGCUGGCACGGGAGCAUGGAUAGGUCUUCAUCCGGCAGUUAGUUGACAGGAGGCUGUGCAUUGUAACGUCGUUCUUGCUCUCGGCGAAGGGCCAUUGACAAAAACUUUUGCCGACAGUACAUUUUGACACGAGGCAGCGUUCAUGAUAAAGGUGGUUAGGUUUUUAAAAAAUGCAUAACCAUUGAAUUAACAAUUUUGAAAAGACGAUGAAUAUGAAUGUAUUGACAGUGUCGUUGAAUGUCCCAUUGUCAAGUUUAGCAUUCGAAAAUUAAUGCCCAUCAAAAACCGAUAAGUUUACACUACGAAUAGCUGAUAAUGCUGCACUACUCUAUAGCAAUAUGCUGUUUAAAUCGGCAUUGGGGAUUACCUCUAAGCUGCAAGCUUCUGUCACAUAUCGAUGUACUGUCAAGUUACCAUGUGAUUAUGAAAAUUUUAAAUGUUGACAUUGUUCACUGUGCGGGCAAUAGAAGUCUGUAUUACACCUGCGACAAACACAACUUCAAAAUAGUUUUAGUAUGUUUAUUACACAAAAUAAAUAAUUUGACCAAU